CUCGUUGGCAUUUUUGUUGUCCACCCACGUCAUAAAAGAGACACUCACACGCACAUCUAUCUCUAUCGCAGCACUUGGUGAGAGCACCAGUCAGGCAUUCGCAACCACCCACCCACCACAUACCAAUCACUGUCCCUCCCUCGGCUAUAGGCAUCCGGCAUUCUGUCUGUAGUUAUACACAAUCCGCUGCUUCUUGGUGGCCUCCUUGCCACCACUGGCCCCCUGCUGCAUCAUGUGUCUGCGGUUGCCGUGUUCGUCCUGGUCGAGCAUGACGUAGCAGUUGUGGCACAUGAAGGCCGGGUUGGUCUCCACUCGCCGCUCCUUGACCAGCAUCAGCUCGCUCACAUUCACGUUGCACACCUACAGACCAGGCCACACACACACCCCAUGGACACACACAUCGAUUCACACACACACACACACACACACACACGCAUCUGUUGCCCUGUGCGCCACGUGCCGUACCGUGCCCACCUGGCAUUUCCUGAAUCGUGUUUCUGCGAGGAAUGUGUUGAUGGGGUAGGCGUCAUCGUAGGGGCAGUCGUGGGGCCCCCUCACCCGCACGUUGGUGACCACGAUGCGGUGCUCGCACUCCCCCUGGUGCAGAAACAUCCCCUGCGCCUGCACGCCGAAUGACGCAUCAGCCAGCCGCGUCUCGUGCAUGGUCUUGGUCGGCCGCCCGGCCGCGUCGAUCAGCCCCUGUUGCUCCCUGUCAAACAAGGUGUCAUUGGCAUCAUCGCCUCCUUGAUUGCUGUUGCUGUCUUCGCUGCCCCCGUCGUCCACUGCGCCCUUUCUGCCGCCCUUGUGGGCGGCCUGUUUGUCGAUCCACGGCCGCAGCCACACCGAGUAGUCGACGGCCACCGGGUCGCGCGCGUCGGCGUAGAACUGCCCGUCGAAGUAGAAGAGCGCGCUCAUGCUGAACCGCGCGCCGUCGAAGUUGGUGUCCUCCUCACAUUUGAGGGCGUCCCGCAGGUCGCCCAAUGUCUGGCUGCCCAGCAGGUCGAUCUCCUGCGCCAGAAAGCCUUCCCGGUGGUAAAAGGCGAACGACACGAUCGUGUCCUCGGCUGGCGAGCGGUGCUGGGGUUGGUGGUGGCCGGCAGCGGCAGGCUCGGUGGGCUGGAUGAGGGGCGAUAUGGCCACGGGGUCGUAUGUGAGCGUCUCGGGCAGACUGUUCUUGAAGGCCGACGCUGGAGGGCGCUUCUUUGAGUUGGGCGGCUUGGUGCGGGGCACACGCACAAUCGCCUGAUAGACAUAAAAUACGAAGACACGACAACACGAAAUCGACACAGGCACACACACCAAGUGCAUGAGGGAUGCCCUGGUCUCACUUACCAAUCCUUUCUUCUCCUUCUUGACUUCUACAUCAGCAGCAGCAGCAGCAUCAGCACCAGCAGGACAGUCGUCUUCACUCUUGCUGUCCAUGAGAGCACGCUGCGGCGACACAGACCGCCGCUGGCCAUUAGCACGGAACCGAUGGGUGGCCAUCAGAUGGGGGUAGGGGUAGUGUCGCAGGCUAUUUGACAAGACGUUAAUGACCUUCUUCGAACCCCUGUGGGAAGCGGGAUUUUCCACGACCAGCCGAUAACUCUCCAGCUGCACACUCUCCUGCCGCUCAUUCUGGAGCCGCUCGGGCAGCGUCGCCUCGCCCCCCUCACCCCCCACACCCACAGCCCCGCCCGCAUCCGACAGCCGGAAGCACCGCUCCAUACUCUUCCGCUUGGCCACGGCCUGCAGCGAGUCAGACGACAGCUCCGUCAGGUAGGCGUCAUAUGCCGUCCGACACCGCUCCGACUCGAAGGUCUCCCUCACGUCCGACUCCACCUGCUCGAACAGGCUGGGCAUGCGGGCACCGGCUGGAUCGAUGUCCACAGGGGCGCCGGCAGGGACGUGUUCGAGGGCGCGUUCGGCGAGGUCGAGCAGUCGUCGCCUCUUGCUGUCGACGGCGACAUAGAGCUCAGACGGGAGGACGUACUCGGCGUUGAAUUUGGCCCUGGUAUAGUCAGGCUGCUCCACAUCCACAGCGGGAGGAAGCGCCAGCUGCAAAGCCGCGGGAUCAGCCGCGCCAGAUGCAUCACCCAUCAUAGGGCGACAGAUUCGUCAGCAGUGGAUAGUGAGCAGUGAGCAGCAUCUGUAGCUCGUGUGUUCUUCCUCUUGCUGCCGCAGCGACCACGAAGACGAGGUGCAGGGCGUCGAAAUCUGUCAGGCAGACGACGUGCAAGUACGAGAGUGCACCUCUUCCUGCUCCGAUGUCG